AUGAUGCAAGACACGACGUUAACGCAAGACUUACUCCCGGCGAAAAAGCUCACGUUCGUGGACGCGACCCACGAGUUGACGCAGAGCGUCACCGAGUACGAGCGUUACUUCUUUCCCGGUACUAAGAGUAACGAUAACAAAGAAAAAGAAGAAGACGUGACGUUGAUUAAAAAAGCAAAGAAAGAUCCCAACGCGCACAGUUUACGAAGGUAA